AGAGAAUCUCAAUCGGUCCAACUGCCCAAGGUAAGCUCCAGCCCGAAACCCGGAUCGGGCUUCCCGACCGGGCUCGUCAAACUCGGCUCCACUGUCUCCACCGAGGCCGAGUCGUGGCUCGCCUCACUCCCCGCCGGGAAACUCCGGCGGCCCCACUCCCCCUCGCCUGACCACCCCGUGAUCGUGAACCUCUGCUCCGGCUCAGUCUCCUCCGGUUUGGUCCGGCCACCGCCGCGCAUCCGGUCCCCCGGCCGGCGGAACGAGACGGCGGAGAGGUGCCGGAUGUUGAACCCGGCCGCCGGGCCGCCUCUCGAGGGGCCAGCCGCGGAGCACGGCGUCGACCGCCGCCUGGCAGCGGUGCCACUCGCCGCAGCGCAUCAGGCCGGCGGAGCCGUACACGGGGUUGAUUAUCCGACCGCAGGCCUCGUGAGUGGGGCCGGCGCCGAUGAGGUUGAGGAGGCCGGCGCGGCCGUAGAAUUUGGCGAGGAAGACGGUGGCGUUGGCCUGUGA